UACUCACAURAAUCUGCUUUCAGGAGGACUGGAUGAUAUAUCAGGCCAAGAAAUACACUGUUUUGUUUUCAAGCAGAUGCCUCUUGAUUGCAAGACUGCUGAAAUGUUUUGAGCACCGCCUCUCCUUUCCUAACCAUGAACAGUUCAAAAUCACCAGGACUGGCUGGAUUUGGAAUCUUAAAAAACACAACCUGCCACACAGAGAAGAAGAUUUCAGUUUUCUUUUCAAUAAUCUUCAUGACGGUGGGAAUAUUGUCCAACAGUCUUGCAAUAGCAAUUCUUAUGAAGGCGUAUCAGAGAUUUAGACAGAAAUCAAAAGCCUCCUUUUUGCUCCUUGCUAGUGGUUUGGUCAUCACUGAUCUCUUUGGCCACCUCAUCAACGGAGCCAUCGCAGUCUUCGUGUAUGCAUCUGAUAAAGACUGGAUUCGCUUUAACCAGUCCAACAUCCUUUGCAGUGUUUUUGGCAUCUGCAUGGUGUUCUUUGGUUUGUGCCCGCUCUUCCUGGGCAGUGUGAUGGCUGUUGAACGUUGCAUUGGAGUCACAAAGCCAAUCUUUCACUCUACAAAAAUGACUUCUAAACAUGUGAAAAUGAUGUUGACUAUGGUAUGUCUGUUUGCUGUUCUUAUAGCUUUGCUGCCUAUUCUUAGGUUUAGAGCCUAUCAAAUUCAAGCAUCGAGGACCUGGUGCUUCUAUAAAACAGAACAUGUUGAGGACUGGGAAGACAGAUUUUAUCUCUUACUUUUUUCUUGCCUUGGGUUACUGGCCCUUGCUAUAUCAUUCUUGUGCAAUGCUGUCACAGGAAUUACCCUCUUAAAAGUCAAAYUUAAAAGUCAACAAAGACAAGGCAGAUCUCAUCAUUUUGAAAUGAUCAUUCAGCUCUUGGCUAUAAUGUGUGUUUCUUGCAUUUGCUGGAGUCCAUUCCUGGUGACUAUGGCUAGAAUUGGGAUAAAUGAAAAUCAUUCAAAGGACACCUGCGAAACAAUACUUUUUGCUCUCCGAAUGGCAACGUGGAAUCAGAUUUUAGACCCCUGGGUAUACAUUCUUCUUAGGAAAGCUGUACUUAAAAACCUGUACAAGAUUACCAGAGGAUGUUGUGGCAUGARCAUCAUAAACUUGCACAUGUGGGAACUCAGCUCCAUCAAGAAUUCUUUAAAGGUUGCAGCAAUAUCUGAGUCACCGGUAAGUUCCAAACAAAUAAAUCUACAGCCGCUCAGCAUUACAGGGCAAUGAAAUUAAACACGGUGUAUGAAGAAAUGAUGGAGGCAAGGAUCAUACACUGGCAGUACCCUACAUGAAUCCUUGUAAGGCUCAGUGGUUUGGUAUUUGUUUAAAAUUGUGAGUGGUUUGCUUUUGUUGCUUACCAUUUUGAUAUUGCUACUCCAGAAGAUGCACUUGAAUGUUUUAAGUGACUUUGGAAUGCAUUCCUUCCAAAACUAGUAAUAAAAUAAUGAUAAAUCGUCAUGUAUUUCUCAUUCCAGGUACUUAAGUGAACAGAGUUCCUUACACACAGUAAAGUACACAAGCUUCUUAAGAAUCCUGCCAAAAUUCUUAAGAACACAYUCAAAUGAGAAGAUGGUUUCCAAGGUGUUUUUAGAGAGGGGUAGGUUGUAACUAUGAAUGAUACCCUGAAGUCCUUUUUGGAGUUGCUGUUUCCUAGGGCUAAGUCCACCAUCCAUUCCAUAAGGRUACUCUUUGCUUCUAGGCGUUGAAUUUUUCCAUUUGGAUUUAUAAAAGGCACUUUGCUUGUGUCCAGCUUGCUAAAUGACCUAGUUGGUUUGGUUCAGUGACUUGAGCUCUUAAGUAUUUACUGUUCUGCCAAUUUUUGAGAUGCAAACUUUAUCAGUGGAAAUGUUGCUUUCGAAUCCCUGAUAAACUGUUAGGUACCGUGUGAUCCCCAUGGGAAUUAGAAGUAGAUCAGCUCAGCUUGUUUACUGUUACAUUUUUAGAUCUAUCGAUCAGUUUUUAGUCCUUUCACUAGGUUUUGACUAACAGACAGACAUAAACUUUUGCAGUCUGUAUAAAGAAUAGUCUUAUUUUCUCCUGGCUGAGGCAAGUUUCCUAAUGAGUUCACCUCAUGUAUUGAAUACAUAUAUUGAAAUGCCUGUAAGGCACAUCUGCUUAAUUUAUAAAUGGUCACACUUGUCUCACAUUAAAAUUUUGUGUUAACAGAUGAGCACCUUUGCAGGUAACCUCACUGUCAGUGUGUGUUUGUUUGUUAAAGCAAACUGGGUGCUCAGUUUUUGUGGGGUCUGUGUCUUAAGUGCUGAGUCUAUCCAAUGUAAUUGAUGGUACAAGGAAGUUUCCAGUUCCUUUCCAGCAAGGAACCCUUUGAUUUAAUGCUGCUAGAAAAAGCUUUAAUUUUUGUGACUGUACUUUGCUUAAAAGCAAAAAAGAGAUUAGCGGAGACCUUGUAGCAGAGAGAUUGUUUUAAGAUGUAAAUUUUAU